ACUAUAACUAACCAGUUAAACAAGCAUGGCCUGCCAGAAUAUUGUGAGAAAUUCUACCAGGCAAAGGAACUUUAUCAUCCUAUAGCCAUAUAUAAAUAAUACCAACCUUUCUCCCAUAGUAGAAUAUUUUCAAAUACCCAAACAUAGAAACCAAAGCUUCUCUUUAAACCAACCAGCCAGCCACCUUCAAUCUCCAACCACAAAUAUACUCCAACUAUAAAAAAAAAUUCUCUUUGGUAUUCAAACUAUAUAAAGAUUUCAUUUUUCUUUGCUCUACCAAAUCUUAUCCUUCCUUAAAAUAAUCAACAUGGGUUUGAGAGACAUUGGAGCCACACUGCCUCCUGGGUUUAGAUUUUAUCCUAGUGAUGAGGAGUUGGUCUGCCAUUAUCUCUACAAAAAGAUCACAAAUGAGGAAGUUUUGAAGGGUACUUUGAUGGAAAUUGACUUGCAUACUUGUGAGCCAUGGCAGCUUCCUGAGGUGGCUAAACUCAAUGCGACUGAAUGGUACUUCUUCAGCUUCAGAGACCGCAAAUAUGCCACAGGCUUCAGGACCAAUAGGGCAACGACAUCUGGUUACUGGAAAGCCACAGGGAAGGACCGUACAGUGCUGGACCCAAUGUCAAGGGAGAUAGUAGGGAUGAGAAAGACUUUGGUGUUCUAUCGCAAUAGAGCUCCAAAUGGCAUCAAAACUGGUUGGAUCAUGCAUGAAUUUCGCUUGGAGACCCCACAUAUGCCUCCUAAGGAAGACUGGGUUUUGUGUAGAGUAUUUCACAAAAGCAAGGGUAUGGCAGCAAACUUGGAAGAUAGCAACCAACUUAUGUUUGAGACCACAUCUUGUGGUCCCACUAGCCAAACCAUGCCUUGUGGGUACAAUCAAAUGACCUCGUUUGCUUCAACUCCAUCUCACCACAACCAAAGUAACUCCCUGCUAAAUCUCCUUCAGUUUUCUCAGGGCACAGACAACAACAAUGAAAUUACCUCCAAAGGUGAUGAUGACUAUGGGUUCUUAUGGGAGAUGAACAUGGAAGAAGAGAGUUUGGGAAAUGGGGCACCUUCAAACUUGGAGGAGAUGAGAUUCGAGAUUGACAACGGCAUGGUUUUCCUAUGAAAUAUACGCAUAUAUUUUAUAGUUUAUAUUAAUUAAAAAAACACAUGCCAAAUUUAUUGAUUUGUAAUGUAUAUUAAUUUGAUGUUUGGGCUUUGAGGGACAACUUAUGUUUGAUUGGAUAUUAGAAGGUUUGUGCUUAGUGUGUUGUUAGGUUUUAUUUUUAUUUUUAUUUUUUAUACAACACUGGGGGUUUGUAUAAAAUUAUCAAAUAUGUAAAGAUUCUUUGCUAGGGUCCUGACAA